UCGCUAUCCAUGUCUACAUCUUCUAACCCCGAGGAGGUGAACUCCUUCGCAUCCAUGUUGGCCGAACAGCGUGUUAACAACACAACACUUGUGGCACCGUUUCAACCAGGUCAAGAUAUCUCACACUGGAUCAAGCAAUUCCACCUCUCGGCUAAGUCUCUCGGUAUGAAUAGUACUACCUCUAGGAACUUGCAAAUGCUCAAAUAUUUGCCUCAAGAAGCCACCGACUGGUUAUUGCGUGUAACAGAUUUCUCCAGCAGCACCGAUAUCAAAACCAAACUUGAAAGCGUGUACGGUAUCGACCCUGCAAUCCAAAAAUCCAAUUGUCGUCAAAGAUUAGAAUCACUCAAACAAGGUCUACGCCGCGUUGCUGAAUAUCGAAUGAACUUCGAGACUAUUGUUUCUGAUUUUCCUGAAGGUCACACUUUGUCAGACGACACCCUUCGUAACAUCUUUUUCAACAAUUUGAGACCUGAGCUCCACACUGCUUUACUCGGCAUUGUCGAUCCCUCUGACACCUGGAAGACUCUGGCUGCUUCUGCAGCAAUUCGUGAAUCGGUAUUGUCAUUGGGUAAUGAUCAUUUCUUGACUCCUCAACCACAAGCUCCUAUCUUCGACGGUCCUACACCUAUGGAAGUUGACUCGGUACAAAAACACCGUAACCAACGAUCUUCUGGUAAGCCUGAUAAACGAAAGGAAGACCCUAUGCGUCGUUGGGCUGCAUCUGGGCAACCCAUUUGUGGCAUUUGCGGCACCGAAGGACACCUCACCAAGAAAUGUCCAAGAAAAACCGAACGGGUCCAGUCUGUGGAAAAAGUGAAGGAAUCAACUCCCAAUGUCGCUCCUAUCCCUUCUGGAACAGUACAAUAUGUUUCUUCGGUUUCCCCUGUCCAAGCUGGUCUUAUCUCUCCUGUUCUUCACAACAUUACUGUACCCACUGAUGCGUCUUCGACACCCAAGAUCAGAGUACAUUUCAAAGGUCAAUCGGCUUUAGGUUUAAUCGACACUGGUGCAUCGGUAACAGUUAUGCGUUCAUCUCUGGCGAAACAACUGAAUUUGGUUCCAGAUACCACGAACCGAAUCUAUUUUACCACUGCAGGUAAUCAAGUCCAUACCUCUCUGGGAAUGGUAAAGGUAUCCGCACUCCUUGGUGAGCUUCCAGUUAUUUUGGACUGCCACGUUGCACCCGAAUUA